UUGCGUCAAUAGUUUGAAGACAUCGGAAUAUUCUCAAGCCCAAAGGUACCAAAAUGCAAAUUUGAAAACUUUGUAAAAGAAAACCUGAUUAGGAAUUUACCGAAAACUUGUGCAUCCCCACCUAAAUAUCAUGUUUUGAAUUUCUCAUUAAUGAAUUCAUUUUUUCAAUUUUUGAUCGCGUUGAUAUAAAGCUUUUGUUGGCAUCGUUGACGUUAAAUGCUUUCUUAGAACUUGAAAUGAACCAAAAAUAGACUUGCUUAUUCUUCGUUAGGAUAUUUAAAUAAUGGCCAUAUUAUUUAUGUUACCAUAAACCGUUGAUUUAAUAAUGGAACAAGUAUUAAUCAAACAUUACUGGUCCCUGGGAACGAUGCUACAGCAAAUGGGCGGAGCUGCCUGUAAGGUGGUCAAGGUUUGCCCCUAAUUAAGUUAACAUUAAACUAGAAUUAGGUUUUUCCCGCAAUCAAAUUGUGAUUUCUGGGCCAUCGAAACGGAUCUUGAAAACGCCCACACGCCAAAAGCGAUCAAGGGCCCUUCACUGAAGAUCUUUGGAGCCAGAAAUACCCAGCACCAAAAGCCGAAUUGCAGCUUAAUGAGCUAUGAGCUAUGAGCAAAAGGGCGGGAGGCUAUAAAAAGAACAGCCAAAAGAAAGUAGGCAAAUCGCAUGAUGAGGUGAUCAAGCCAAGGCGAGCAGUCCAAACAUCAAAGCCGGCAACAGGCCCCCAUCAAACAUCAUUGAAACAAAAGAAUGGCCAGAAAAAGUGGCCAAUCGUUCAGGGCUAUAUAAGUGUGUGUACAGUGGAAGCUAUUUUAACACGAAAAGAUUUCUCGGUAUCCUCAAUGUAAAAAGAAACUAAUUUUAUAAUAUUUUUAGUAGCUUAGACCACCCGCUAAACUAACUUAGCUAAAAGUUCUUACUAAAAGUGAUAAGAAUGUGAAAGGUUUAAUAUAUUUGAAAUACUUCAAAAUGUCCUGCGACUAUCUUCCUUCUCGAGUGACUACUGUCGCAGUGGCAACAAACGAGAACCGCCGAAAUAUUAUGACAUGCAAAAUCCGUCAGGAAAGCCAGCAACAACAAUCACUUCCACUCGAAAAGGUUUGCGCAUCGCGCAGUCGAAGCCGACAGAGGCAGCGACAGCAACGCCGCGUCGCUGCCCAGGUGGGCAGAACUCAGGUGAGCAGAGAUCUUACCUGUGAGCCCGACUUAGCCGCUAAGCUCGCUUCAGUUCGAUUCUUGAGGCCGUUUAGAUCGGUUCUGUUUGGCGACACGCGCACUGAAUAAUUCGUCGCUUUGGGCAGAAGACGUGAGAAGAAGGAGUAUACCGCCAAUAAAGUACGAGAAGAAUUGCGAGUGGAAUCGAAUCGGUUACCCCAAACAGCAGCUUGAUCAGCUGAGUGUUUCGCGAGCCGUAAUUUAAAUAAAUUAUAUACAUCAUAAAAGCCCAAUUAAAGAGACUGACAACCGGAGCGAGACUCUGCUUAAAAAUACUCCAGAUUGUGAUACUAAUUAGCUUAAAUUGUGUGUGUGAUAAAUUUGUGUAAUAAUCAAACAAAUCCCGAGAACAAAACAAACAGAAAAUUGCAAAUUAACAAAUAUGCAGGACUACUGGCACAUUCCCCGCGCCUCGCUGGCAUCCUCCUCGAGCUCGGCCAUCAGUUCGGCCAGCUCCUCCAAGUCCUCCAACAAAUCGCAUUCGAAUCCGCCUACCCUGAACCAGCGCAGUUCGCCCAGUAACAGUAGCAGCAUUAACAAUAACAACAAUACAAGUGCUGCUGUAACUGCGGCAGCAGCGGCGGCUGUUCUGGCUGCUGCCAAGAGGGGAUCGAGGAGUUCCCAGGGCUCCAGCGACAGUAACAACAGCACGCGGAGCGCUGCUUCCGGCUCACUGCUGUUGACGGCAGCGAAUCUGGAACGCUUUGCGGAGAUCCACAAGAAGCAGGAGCGCCACAACAAGAUGCUGAUGCCCAGCAAUCCCUCCUCCUCAAACUACAACGCCAACCUGACCCUCGCUAGCGGCAAGGAUGCAGUUAUCGCCAUCGAGGGUCAGCAGUCGUCAGCGGCCGACGUGGAUCCCAACUUGCAGUAUGUGAAAACCAAAGACCUGGAUACCGUAUCCAUUGCUAGCUCCAUGCACUUCACGAUGGUCAAUGGAGAGGGUGGUCCGCCGAAGAAGCCGAAGCGCGGUCUCUGCGAUCGGGGACGCCAGGUCACCGUAUUGAUAGUCAGCAUGAGUACCAUCUUCAUGCUGCUCAUCAUGGGCAUGGUCUAUGCGCUAGAGAUGCGCGCCCGCGACAUGCCCAAGAGCUAGGAUUUAAUACCCCAACCUAGCCAAUUAGUUUAUUAUUUAUUGUAUUGUCUUUGUCCCCCAUUAUUAUUAUUAUUGUUAUCGUGUCGUCUUGGCGCUAGUUGUAUAAGAUAUUUAUUUAAAGAUUGUUUGGAUGGAGUGUCGAGUCAGUCGAAGCUGGGAAAAUUCAUUAGUAUUAAGCGCGCUAUGCUAUGGAGACAGAGAAACAUACAAGAAACUAGAUCUGGAGCGGAUCGGAUCGGAUCAUCGCCGCCUGGUAUCGGAUAAUGCUGUACUUUCUGGUUAGCAAAUAAGUUAUUUAUCCCUGUGAUAUGUUUAAUAAAGUGAAUUUUAUAAUUGUA